GUCAAGCAUCAACCAUAAGGUAUAAAAAGUAAAAAUUUUCGCGGUGCGCUAGCAGUCUAUAUCCUUUUAUAUUUUCGUCCUUUACAGUGUUGUGUAUCGUUCUUUCUCCGUUACGAUCUUCACAGAUCACAGUCAUUUAUAACUUGAACUAUCACUAUUUUUUCUGUUUUUGUUCUUCAACUUUACUAUACUACAAUUUUUAUUAUAAUAUUACAUCUCGCCCACCUAUUACACGCUCACUAUUAUGGAUACUUGGACUGCUGAUAUCUGGAAUGGCAAUGUAGAGGAAUGCAAGAGAAUCCUGAAUGAACCAGGGAAUUGGGAGAAGGUGCCUUUAUUAUUUGAUGAUAAAUUAGCUCUUGGGACUUUUGUACGAUUUAAAGGAAUGAUACAAGAUAUGUUAAAUCCAGAAUACUAUAGUAGCAAUUAUAAAAUUGUCAAUUCUGAGAAUGAUGAAUUUAUUUUGCAUCAAGCAAAAUAUCAAAGCAGCACAAAAAAUCUUCAACCCGGAGAAGAAGUUGUAUUUGGAGGAGAUACAUUGAUGGAACGACAAAUUGUUGCAUGUAUCCCAAUUCCAGGAUUGAAUGAAUGGGCCAAAGAUGUAACUAAUACAAACAAAAAUGCUGAAGUUCAACUUGAAGAAAAUGUGAAUAAACGUAUUCGUCUUGAUCCAGUAUGUCAAAAAUACUCUAAGGAAAUAUUUAUUUUUGUAUAUCCUGAAGAUAUUAAUACCAGUGAAUUCAAGUUAAACCAAAUUGUAGAAGUUGUUGGAUUUCUUGACCGACGUACAAUUCAAGAAGACAGUGGAGAUUUAGAAGAACAAUCUUCAAUAGCUAAAGAAAUGCAUUGUAUUCAUGCUGUUCAAUUGAAACUGCUAAAAAACUUAAUUCCAGAUGAUGAAGAAAUGUAUAAAUCUAUCUGGAAUGAUGCUUCAAACAUUCGUGCAGAGCUGAAAUUUGUAUUAACUCAAGCAUUAUUAGGAGACUCUUUAGCGGCUGAUUAUUUAUUAUUCUAUCUUGUAUCUACCAUUUAUAAUAGACAGCACAAUUUAGUUCCUGGAAAAUUUUCAUUAAACAUUCGUGGGAUUCCUAAUGGUAUUGGACAAAACUACACAAAAUAUUUAUACUCAUUAAUAUCUUAUUUGGUUGUAAAAAGUGAGUACAUUCCAAUCCAAAUACACACUUUGAAUAACAUGGAUUUGAUUCCAAGAAAAUGUUAUACUUCCAAUAGACUAUUGAAAGGAUUUUUACAGCUAUCAGAUAGGACACAUUUGGUCUUAGAUGAAACAGAUUUACAGCCGGGUAAUUUGGAUAGUAAAGGAAUCCUAAAUCUUGAAGCUCUAAAAAAUAUAAUAUCCAACCAACAAAUGAAGUAUGAUUUCACUUAUUAUGGAAUGGAUUAUGAAACCCAAAUACCAACACUGACAUUAUCAAUUGGAAAAUCUCUACUACCUUGUGAUAUUGAUAUUGUGCUGAAGCCAGACCCAUCUUGUUCUGGCAUUGAAGAGACAAUGAAUUCAGUACAUGGUUACCUAAACAGUCAGUUACCUCUUUUGAACAAAUUGAGAAAAUAUAUCGCAAUAAUUUCAACAUUUCCUUUUAUAUAUGAUCAAGAUAUUUUAAAAGUGAUUGAAAAUGAUUACGUGGAGAUGCGAAAAGCUGAUCCCAAAAAUGUUUCUGGUGAUGACUUGCAUCGUUUUAUGAUGAUUUCAAAAUUGAUUGCCUUAUGUUCUGGAAAGAAUGAAUUUGAUAACGAAAUUUGGGAAAAUGGAAAGUCUUUAGAAAAUCAACGGAAAUUAAGAAAUAAGUAAAUUAUACAUUGAAUAUAUAAAUUGGCAUUGCCAAUACUUAAAUGUUUAUUUUAUUCAGAUGUUA